GUGGGUAAGACAGAAAUCACGUAGACAGCAGAGCCUAUCUCUCUCCCUCUCUUUAAAUACACACAGACACAACACUCACUCCAUAAUUGAAAUCCAUUCCUUAAAACACAGAAUUUCACAUUUCUCAGAAGCUUGAAGAUCAACAACACAGAGCAAUGGGAACUGAGGUCAAACCUGUAAUGGCGGAUGGGGUAUCUUUUCCUCCCCAAAUCACCAUCUCAAAUCCACUUUCUCUGAUAGCCAAUGGAAUCACAGAUAUAGAGAUCCAUUUCCUGCAGAUAAAGUUCACAGCGAUAGGAGUGUACCUGGACCCAAAAAGCAUAGUUUCCCAUUUACAAAAUUGGAAGGGCAAAACAGCCACAGAGCUCCAACAAGACAACAAAUUCUUCGACGCCAUAGUCGCAGCCCCGUUGGAGAAGCUAGUGAGAGUGGUGGUAAUAAAGGAAAUAAAAGGGUCCCAAUACGCAUCACAGUUGGAGACUGCAGUGAGGGACCGUUUAGCUGAGGAAGAUAAGUUCGAGGAAGAGGAGGAAGAAGCACUGGAAAAGAUUGUCCAAUUCUUCCAGCACAUAUACCUCAGGAAAGACUCGGUCAUCACAAUUUACUUUGACGGUUUUUCGACGGCUCAGAUCGGAUUUUUAGGGGAGGGGAAAGAAGAGGUGAAGCUGGAAGUGAAGAAUGGGAAUGUGGUGGAGAUGAUACAGAAAUGGUAUUUGGGAGGGAGCAGAGGAGUGUCUCCCACAACUAUUUCUUCCUUGGCCUCUGCUCUUUCUGCAGAGCUUUUGAAAUGAAGCUAUUAUUCAUAUUUCAUAUCUCUAUCCAUGGAUAUGUUACACUUCACUUUCAGUGAACUAAUGGAUGGAUUAAGAGUUUGGUUGCUUAAUUGCAAGAAUGGGGAAGAACCAAGAGUGAGAAAUUGUCCUAGUGAUGUUUGUUUAGAAUUUGAAGGUAAUGAGAUUUUGAGUUGGAUUUCACAUAUUUGAGGUUCCACAAGGAUCCAUUGUAUGGAUACCCAAAUAAGAUCGAUAAUUAAACUCGUGAUUUCACGGAUACGAAUUUAUUUCUA